AUGAAUACCUUGCUGAAGACCGCGGCCGCAGCUGCAGAGGAUGAUGUCAACGCCAAUGUGGACAUAGUGACGGACGAUGAGCCCUCCUCUGGUUGUAUUGAGCUGGCUCCAGACUCUACCCCCAUCAUUGAGGACCACGACUAUGCUGCAAGUUCAUUCAUUGUGGUGGACCGUAUGAAAUAUGAAAACAUGACGAGGGAGAUUGAGGAGCUCAGGCAGCAGCUAGAGUCGCAUCAUUUGACUCAUAGAUUUGGACUGCAGCGGUUUGCCUCAUCACCUGAAGACAUUCGGUACUACACAAGGUAA